AUUUUGAGAGCUCAAUCGGCACAGGUUACUAUGUCUGGACGCGGAAAGCAAGGUGGCAAGGCUCGCGCCAAGGCCAAGACGCGCUCGUCGCGGGCCGGGCUGCAAUUCCCCGUGGGCCGCGUGCACCGCCUGCUCCGCAAGGGCAACUACGCCGAGCGGGUCGGGGCCGGCGCGCCCGUCUACCUGGCGGCCGUGCUGGAGUACCUGACGGCCGAGAUCCUGGAGCUGGCGGGCAACGCGGCGCGCGACAACAAGAAGACGCGCAUCAUCCCGCGCCACCUGCAGCUGGCCAUCCGCAACGACGAGGAGCUCAACAAGCUGCUGGGCAAGGUGACCAUCGCGCAGGGCGGCGUGCUGCCCAACAUCCAGGCCGUGCUGCUGCCCAAGAAGACCGAGAGCCACCACAAGGCCAAGGGCAAGUAAAAGCCUGCAGCGACUCCAACAAGUCGAAACCAAAGGCUCUUUUCAGAGCCACCCACAUUGUCACUAAAAGGGCUGGUCUCUCGGUUUCUGUGUGGCAGGCGCCUCUUUCAAGUGACCCUACCACGCAGC